AUGAGCUAUUAUAACACCGAUGCAACUAGUCUUCCAGUUUGUGCCGGCUUCCCGCGCAAAUGUGUUCUGCAAAGUGACAAGCAUUCAUGCCACCUAUCAACUACUGACACGGAUGUGGGGCAGUUAACACACAGAAUAACACUUGACACAUCCGAUUUCAUGAGAGUGGCUUUGAAAACUGCCACAAGACUUCUUGUGGCGCAUCCCACACCCAAUUUCAGUGUCAGGGCUUUGUCACUCUCACAGUCUCAUACACAAACACCAAUUCUUCUUCUUCCGUUCCACUCUCACCGUCCCGCCAAAACCCUCGUUCGAAUCGCCGCGCCCUCGUAUCGGACUUGCAGUUGCGCACCAAUGUCUACGGUUCAGGUUCGUGACAGAAUUGACCUCUCCGACACCGAGAGAACCAUUUUCGAUAGGCUCCUCGCCACUCUUCACCACUUCCACCUCCAGACACAGCUUCGAGUCGCCGGUGGCUGGGUUCGCGACAAGCUUCUAGGAAAAGAGUGCUAUGACAUUGAUAUCGCUCUGGACGAUAUGAUGGGUACUGAGUUUGUGGAUAAGGUUAGGGAGUACUUGCUGACCAUUGGCGAAGAUGCACAGGGGGUUUGUGUUAUUGAGAGCAAUCCUGACCAGUCCAAACAUCUGGAAACAGCCAGGAUGCGUUUGUUUGAUAUAUGGAUUGAUUUUGUUAACCUACGGAGUGAAGAAUACACUGAGAACAGCCGCAUUCCUUCUAAGCAAAGGUUUGGAACAGCAGAAGAGGAUGCAUAUAGGAGAGAUUUGACAAUUAACAGCUUAUUCUACAACAUCAACACUGACUCAGUUGAAGAUUUCACCAAGAGAGGGAUCCUGGAUCUUAAGUCUGGAAAGAUAGUAACACCUUUACCUCCAAAGGCCACAUUUCUUGAUGAUCCAUUACGAGUUCUCCGAGCCAUUAGAUUCGGUGCUAGAUUUGAUUUUACCCUAGAUGAAGAUCUGAAAGUAGCUGCUGCAUCUGAUGAUGUGAAAGAUGCUCUGGCUGCUAAAAUUAGCAGAGAGCGCAUUGGAACAGAGAUUGAUCUUAUGAUAUCUGGAAAUCAGCCUGUCAAAGCAAUAACUUAUAUUUGUGAGCUGACAUUAUUUUGGAUUGUAUUCAGUCUUCCUCCUGAAUUUGAACCUGUUAUUUCAGAUGGAUGUGAGAGCACAUUUGCAUCUUCUGUUCGAGAUUCUGGUUCUGGAAGGCAUUCAAGGCUUUGCAAAACUUGUUUGCAUACCGCAUGGAACCUUAUCCAUUUACUCGGAGAUUCAACUUUUACUGCUGAACAAAAAAGGUUAACACUAUGUGCUGCUUUGUUUCUCCCUCUUAGAAAUACUACUUACAGAGAAAAGAAAGCGAAGAAGAUUCCUGUUGUCAAUCAUAUUAUCCGGGAGUCACUCAAGCGAAAAGCUAAGGAUGCAGAAAUGGUGCUCAACUUACACCAAGCAUCACAUAAAUUCUUGUCGUUAUUCCCUUGUCUUGCAUCUGGUGAGGAUGUCCAAGUCGUAGAUCAUGAUUGGAUGGGAGGUUUGGGUGAUGUCCCUGUCUCUUCUAGAGUCAGGGUACUAACAGGGUUUCUGUUAAGAGAGCUUAAAGAUUUUUGGCGAGUUGCACUGUUGAUAUCCACUAUAUUACAUCCUAUUGACAUUGAGGAUGAGCCCUCACAGUUGGACAAACGAAGAGAUCUGUUUAAUACUGUGGAGAACUCUAUAAUCAAACUCGGUCUUGAGAGGGUAUGGGACGUAAAACAAUUGAUCAAUGGCAAAGAUGUUAUGAAUACCUUAGAGCUUAAAGGAGGACCUCCUGUAAAGGAGUGGUUGGAUAAAGCAAUGGCUUGGCAACUUGCCCAUCCAUCUGGAACUGCAGAGGAUUGCAUUGAAUGGUUGAGAGAAACCAAUUCGAAGCGUGUUAAGUUGCAGUGA